CGAAGCUUGUUGCCUCAAAGAAGCCAUAGUGAGGAUGAUGAUGAUCUGUGCAUUCUCGAGGAUAUAAGUGCACCUGCAAAGGCAAAUCCAUGUGCUAAUGGCAAGGCUCUUGUUGCUCUACAGCGUACUACAAUUACUAACUCUUUCAUUCCAGCUGAAGUGGGACAAAUGAGGCCGAAGUCAAAUGAUGAGCUUGUUAUUUAUCGAGCUGCCUUGCAGGAUCUUUCUCAGCCGAAAUCAGAAGAAAAUCCACCCGAUGGUCUUUUGGCUGUUCCUCUAUUGAGACACCAGCGCAUUGCUUUAUCAUGGAUGGUCAAGAAGGAAAAAGCUGGUGUACCCUGUUGUGGUGGGAUUCUUGCUGACGAUCAGGGACUUGGGAAAACUGUAUCAACAAUUGCACUUAUACUCAAAGAAAGGUCUCCAUCUUCGAGAGUUUCUACAGCCAUGGCCAGACAAAUUAAAACGGAGACAUUGAAUUUGGACGAUGAUGAUAUUUCAUCUGAGCUUGACAAGUCAAAGCUAGGUGCCUAUUCUUAUCAAGUCAAUGAUAAUUCUAGCACAGGCAGUAAAACUUCUAUGCAUACAAAAGGGAGGCCUGCUGCGGGCACCCUUAUCGUUUGUCCUACCAGUGUCCUUCGUCAGUGGUCUGAGGAGUUACACAAUAAGGUAACAAGCAAAGCAAAUCUUUCUGUCCUAGUAUACCAUGGUAGCAAUAGAACAAAGGACCCUAUUGAACUAGCAAAGUACGAUGUGGUGGUCACAACUUAUUCAAUAGUAAGCAUGGAGGUCCCUAAGCAGCCUCUUGUGGAAGAUGAUGAUGAGACAGGAAAAGGAACUCAUGAAUCACCUUCUAGUAAAAAGAGAAAAUCUCCUUCGAGCUCAAAGAAAAGUUCAUCAAAGGCAAAAAAAGAAGUGGAGAAGGAAUUGCUUGAAGCCACUGCGCGCCCUCUUGCAAAGGUGGGAUGGUACAGGAUCGUGCUGGAUGAGGCUCAAAGCAUCAAGAAUUACAGAACCCAAGUAGCUAGGGCUUGUUGGGGUCUUCGUGCUAAACGUAGAUGGUGUUUGUCAGGGACACCUAUCCAAAACGCAGUUGAUGACCUUUACAGUUACUUCAGAUUUCUCAAAUAUGACCCAUAUGCAGUGUAUAAACAAUUCUGCUCCACAAUAAAGUUUCCAAUCCAGAAACAUCCAACAACCGGGUACAGAAAGCUGCAAGCAGUGCUUAAGACUGUUAUGCUUCGUCGCACUAAAGGUACAUUUAUUGAUGGAGAACCCAUUAUCAACCUUCCACCGAAACGAAUUAUACUGAGAAAAGUUGAUUUUACUGAUGAGGAACGAGAUUUCUACUGCAGACUUGAAUCUGAAUCACGUGCUCAGUUUGCUGAAUAUGCUGCUGCCGGGACAGUCAAACAAAAUUAUGUCAACAUACUGCUGAUGCUUUUACGCCUGAGACAAGCUUGUGAUCACCCUCUUCUUGUUGGAGGGUCCAACUCUGGUUCUGUUUGGAGAUCAUCUAUUGAGGAGGCCAAGAAAUUACCGCGAGAGAAACUAACUGUUCUUUUGAAUUGUUUGGAAGGUUCUUUAGCAAUUUGUGGCAUUUGCAGUGACCCCCCUGAAGAUGCUGUUGUAACAGUUUGUGGACAUGUCUUUUGCAAUCAGUGUAUUUGUGAACAUCUAAGCGGCGAUGACACUAAGUGUCCUGUAUCAGCUUGCAAAACUCAGCUGAGCGUUUCUUCAGUUUUCUCUAAAGCAAUGUUAAGUGAUUCUCUAUCUGAUCAGCCCAGUCUGCAAAAGAACCCCGACUGUGCUGGCUCUGAAGUGGCUGAAAGUUCAAUUUGUAGCCCAUAUGACUCAUCCAAGAUUAAAGCUGCUCUUCAGAUGCUGCAAUCUCUGUCUAAACCGAAGGCGUGCACUAUGAGGGACUGCAUUUCAAGAUCAGAUGAUGAAGGAACUUCUCCGUCAGAAAAUAAAUGUGAUAAUCAUGCAGAAGAAUCUAGGAUGAAUACAAGUUCCAAAGAUACAACCACAAUCGUUGGAGAGAAGGCAAUUGUCUUUUCUCAGUGGACGGGGAUGUUGGAUUUGCUUGAAACUUGUCUGAAGAGUUCCUCAAUUCAGUACCGUAGACUUGACGGAACAAUGUCUGUUCUUGCUAGAGAUAAGGCUGUGAAAGAUUUUAACACACUUCCUGAGGUAUCAGUCAUGAUUAUGUCUCUGAAAGCUGCAAGCCUUGGACUGAACAUGGUUGCAGCUUGUCAUGUUCUUCUCUUGGACCUUUGGUGGAACCCUACCACUGAAGAUCAAGCAAUCGACAGGGCGCAUCGGAUUGGACAGACCCGUCCUGUUUCAGUUUUGCGGUUGACUGUAAAAGAUACAGUUGAAGAUCGCAUAUUGGCUCUUCAGCAAAAGAAAAGAGAAAUGGUUGCUUCUGCAUUCGGAGAGGAUGAGACUGGUAGCCGACAGACUCGUCUCACUGUGGAGGACUUGGAGUACCUUUUCAAGAUUUAAUCAGCAUCUCAUUUUUUGCAGUAACCUGACAUUUUAAUGCCAGCCAGCUUGGGCUGUCUUAAAUUUUUUAUUUGGAAACUGGUUUAGCAGCAUACAUAAUUGAGGCUUUGGUUCUUAGGUCCAUAGUAUUGACAGAAAAGAUGACCUUACUAAACAAUGAUUUUGAGAAUACCUUCAAACAUUCAUAUGAUCCAUUUUUUAUAGCUAUUGGUUACCUUGUGCAGAGGUUGGAUUUUAGUCGGCUACACCCAAAUGAGGAUGAGACUUUAGAUGAGUCUCUGUAGAUUCUUUGCUUAGAAGAUGUAAAUGAUAGUUCCUGUGGCUUCUGCCAUGUUUCUUUUUUCUAGGAUAGGAUACUUAGGAGUACAAUGUAUUAGUAGUUUAAGUUCUAGACAGUAUAUUACUUCUAGGUUUUUGGGUUGUAAAAUUCACCUUCAAAUUUAAUUUAAUACAGAACUAUGCCGUCAUGGCAAUUCUUUUUCA